AUGGUUAAGGAGGAAUGGAGAGGGUUAAGGGAGUUGCAGUUUACAGAAAUAAUGAAGGCAUUGACGGGACCUUUGGGAAGAUGGCAUAAAGACAACUUUGGUGAGAUGGACAAGAAGAUCUUGAAGCUUGAGGAAGAGAUAAAAAAGGGAGAUGGCAUGGUAAGUAAUGGAGUGUAUGAUGGAACUAUGGAGGCUAGAAGGAAGGCAUUAGUUACUUGUUGUGAGAGGUGGUAUGUCAGGAAAGAAAUUCACUGGAAGCAAAUGUCUCGAUCUCGACAAGCAAAGGAAAUGGACAGGAACACAAGAUACUUUCACCAUAUAGCGUCGGCAAGAAGGAGGAAUAAUCGGAUUGAUGCUCUGAUAGUUAAUGAUAGAUUGGUUAGGAACCAAGCUAGAAUAAAAAUAGCCGUUAGAGAGUUUUAUAAAGAUCUGUAUCAUCAGGGAAGCUCUCCUUUGUUGGGGUUCAGAGAUGGUUUGGUGAAAAGGAUAGAUGAGGAAGAAUAUAUGACCUUGGAGGCGAUGCAUUCGACUGAGGAAAUUAGAGAGGCAGUGUGGGAUUGUGAGUCAUCGAAGGUGCCAGGUUGUGAUGGGUACAACAUGAAUUUCAUAAAAAGGUGUUGGGAUAAGAUUGGGGCAGAAUUUACGGCAUUUGUGAUGGGAUUCUUUCAGAAUCCAAGUUACCGGCAGAUUCUAAUAUUAUAUUAUCUCGAAGGUGCUAGUUAUGAGGAUGAGAGUAGUGAUGCCAGGAUUAGUAGGGGAGACUCAGAGUGCGUUUGUGAAGGGGUCAAGAGAAGUUUUGUGGAUAUUGUGCUGCAAAAGAUAGAAUUUGGGCGUAGGUGGAGGGCGUGGGUUAUGGAGUGUGUGACCACAGCUUCUAUAUCAGUCUUGAUUAAUGGUUCGCCAUCUAAACCGUUUAAAAUGGAAAGGGGCUUGAGACAAGGUGACCCGCUUUUUCCUUUUCUUUUUGUGCUGGUUGUGGAUGUUCUGCAUCGAAUGGUGGGUGAAGCAGUCAGGAUCGGACGUAUUUUCCCCCUGGUGGUUGGUCGAGACAGUGUGGAGCUAUCACACCUUCAGUUUGCUGAUGACACUAUUCUGUUUUACCCACCAGAAAAUGAGACUAUGAAGAAUUACAAGUGGCUGCUACGAUGGUUUGAGUUAAUGUCUGGACUCAGUAUUAAUUACGAAAAAUCCAGUUUGAUUCCAAUCAAUUUUGAAGAGCUGUGGGUACAACAUAUGUGUAGUUUGUGGGGUUGUAAGGAAGAUACCCUCCCUGUUAAGUACCUUGGAAUCCCCUUAGGAGCUAAUCCAAGGCUGGUUAAGACCUGGAAGCCUAUAACCGAUAAGGUGGAAGACAAACUAAGCCUUUGGAAAACUAAGGUGCUAAACAAAGCGGGAAAGGUAGUGCUUAUCAAAUCAGUCUUGAACAGCUUGCCAGUGUAUUAUUUGAGUUUAUACAAGAUGCCGAAGCCAGUUGCUAAGAAGUUAAUUUCAUUACAGAGAAGAUUUCUAUGA